UGCAUGUGUGCUCUCAAAUAUAAACAUUAAAAAAAAAAAUACUUUUAGAACAUUUUUUCCUUUUAGUUCUAUAAUCUCUCUGAAAUUUAUAUGUGUUGAAUGUAAGGAAGUAGAUAUUGCCUGUUGUUUCAGCAUCAUUUAUGAAUCAUAAUAAAUGGUGUUGGCAGCAGUAUUAUAAAGACUGCUGUUUCUAGAAUAUCGUUUCAUUGAUCUGUAAGUGUUCCUGUACCAGUGUACUGUUUGAUUUCAAUUCAUUUAAAAGUUUAUAUUUUUAUAAUUGGUAAGACUCUUCCCUCUCAUUGUUUUCCCUUUUCAAAAUGUUCUUGCCUUUUUUGUGACUUUUGUCCUCAUGAAUUUUAGAAUCAGUAUGUAUGUUAUGUUGCACAAAAAAUCUUCUUGAGAUUUUUUCUUAUUGGAAUUGCCUUGAAUUUACAGAUUUCAUGUGGGAAGGAAUUUAUAUCUUUACAAUAUCAGGUGUUUUCAUUCACCAGCAUGGUAUGAUUAGUCACGUCUUUUAUUUUCUUCUGCAGUUUCCUACUUUUCUGCAUGUUGAUUGUGUUGAGUAGUAGUGAAAAGAAUGAGUUCUAGUGCCAUGCUAUUUGGGUUCAGUGUGUGCUAAGCUUGGGCAAAUAAAAACCCCUUUUUAUACUUUAGUUUUCUCAUCCAUAAAAUGGGAAGAGUAAUAACUCAUUAGGGUUAUUGUGAGGAUUAAAUGGUUAAGACCUGUAAGUUAACACAAUAUGUUAGCUAUUGUUAUUAAGUGUAUAUUUAGGUAUUUAUAGUUUCUGUUGUUUUUGUGAAUGGGGUCUUAUAUUUAAAUCUCAUUUUAAUUGGUUUUGUUUGAUAUAUAGGAAAGUUCAUGAUUUUUUGUUCAUGGUUCUUGAUUUGAAUACUUUGUGGAACUCUGUUUCAUACUAAUAUUUUUGUUUUUCUUCUGUUUUUUCUUUUCUUUUAAGAGAGGGAGAGAGAGAGAGAGGCAGAGGGAGAGGGAGAGAGAAAAUCUUAAGCAGGCUCCAUGCCCACAGUGGAGCCCGAUGCAGGGGUCAGUCUCAGGACCGUGGGAUCAUGACCUGAGAUGAAUCAAUAGUUGGAUGCUUAAGCAACUGAGCCACCAGCUCCUUGUUUUGUUUUUCUAAAUUCUUGCAUUCUCUAGGUAAUCAUAUAUUUUGCAAUGAAUUCUUUUAGCUUUCAGUAUUUUUGCCUCAUAUUUCCUAUUUAUUUAUUUAUAUCAUGGAUCUUUUUCAUUGACUAGAACUUCCAAUACAAUGUUGAAUAGAAGUGAUGAGCUUCCACAGUAUGGCUGACGACAUAGCUAGUGCUCACUCUACUCUCUUUAACGGGGAAACAGCGGACUACAGGAGACUGAACUGUAUCUGCCUCUAUUUCCAACAGGCUCAUGUUCGUUCAACUUUCACUCAUGAAAAAAAAAAGCCAGGAAAAUUUUAUUAAUCCUUUUUAAAAAAAAUUUAAUAUAAAAUUAUAGCAAAAAAAAAAGGAAACUGAACUUUAGUAGUACAACUGGAACAAUCUGCAGCAACGGCAGCAGCGGUGGGAGAAGAGAUUUAAUUUAGUUGAUUUUCUGUGGUUGUUGGUUGUUUGCUAGUCUCACGGUGACAGAAGCUGCACAGUUUUUCGAAGGGACUGAGAAGCUGCUGGAGGUUUGGUUCUCCAGGCAGCAACCUGACUUAAACCAAAUAUCUGGGGAUCUUCGCACUAUCCCAAGAUCCGAGUGGGACAUACUUUUUGAAGGAUGUGCAAUGUUCAAUCAUAAGUGUGACAACUGACAAGCAGGAAGCUUAUGUACUCAGUGAGAGUAGCACGUUUGUCUCUAAGAGACGUUUCAUUUUGAAGACCUCUGGUACCACCCUCUUGCUGAAAAUGUUGGCUCCUCUGUUGAAACUUGCUAGGGAUUACAAUGGAUUUGACUCAAUUCAAAGCUUUUAUUCUCGUAAGAAUUUCACAAAGUCUUCUCAUCAAGGGUACCCACACUGGAAUUUCCAGGAAGAAAUAGAAUUUCUUAAUGCAGUUUUCCCAAAUGGAGCAGCAUAUUGUAUGGGACGUGUGAAUUCUGACUGUUGGUACUUGUAUACUUUGGAUUUUCCAGAGACUCAGGUAAUCAGUCAGCCAGAUCAGACCCUGGAAAUUCUGAUGAGUGAGCUUGACCCAGCAGUUAUGGACCAGUUCUACAUGAAAGAUGGUAUUACUACAAAGGAUGCCACUUGUGAGAGUGGAAUUCGUGAUGUGGUACCAGGUUCUGUCAUUGAUGCCACACUGUUCAAUCCUUGUGGGUAUUCGAUAAAUGGAAUGAAAUCAGAUAGAACUUAUUGGACUAUUCACAUCACUCCAGAAUCAGAAUUUUCUUAUGUUAGCUUUGAAACAAACUUAAGUCAGACCUCCUAUGAUGACCUGGUCAGGAAAGUUGUAGAAGUCUUCAAGCCAGGAAAAUUUGUGACCACCCUGUUUGUAAAUCAGAGUUCUAAAUGUUGCACAGUGCUUUCUUCACCCCAGAAGAUUGAAGGUUUUAGAUAUUUUGCUUGCCAGAGCAUUAUGUUCAAUGAUUACAAUUUUGUUUUUACCAGUUUUGCGAAGAAGCAUCAACAACAGCAGAGUUGAUAAGAACAAAUGCAAAAAGAGAACACACAUAGAAGGAGGUGGUGGCUGCUUUUUAGAUAUUGAUACCGGGAGCCAUGCUUUCCAUAACCACCACCUUGUAGCUGCAGAAAGCCCUAGAUGUAAUGAUAAUGUAAUCAUUUUGAAUUAUAUGCAUUAUUAUAUGAAGGAGUUAGAUAUCUUGCAUGAAUGCUCUCUUCUGUGUUUAGGUAUUCUAUGCCACUCUUGCUGUGAAAUUGAAGUGCAUGUAGAAAAAACUUUUUACUAUAUGAAACUUUACAACACUUGUGAAAACAAUUCAAUUUGGCUUAUGCACAGUGUAAUAUUUCUCCAUGUAUCAUCCAAAAUUCCCCACAGACAAGGCUUUUUGUCCUCAUUAGGUGUUGGCCUCAGCCUAAUCAUCGGGACUGUUCUAUUAAAUUGCUGCCAGGAUUUUACAUCCAUUUAUCUCCACUUUCCAGAACAUAUUCUCUACUAAUAUUACUGAAACCAAUUUCUACUUCAUACAGUUGUUUUUUGCAACAGCGUUUAAAAUGUAUCUUCCAUGAGCCGAGUCCUCUUUAAGAAAUGAUUGCAGUUAUCCAUUUUGUGUAUUACUAUUUUAACAUUAUUGCUUCUUGUACCUGUACUUUUUUAAAAAUUGAUUUCAUUCCUUGCCAUAGUGUCUUGCCUUCUGACCCCCUGUCAAUAAAGCAAUACACUGUUAAAAAAAAAAAAAAAGUGUUGAUAAAGAGCAUUUUUUCCCCAUGGCUCUUUAAAUGGACUUGGUGUUGAUUUAUGAAAGAUAACCCUCUAUAAAGCUAAAGGCUUUGUGUGUGUAUAUGUGUGUUCUUAAUUUGUUGAGUAGUGGGUUUUGGAUUUUUACUAAAUUUUUAUUAUAUAAAUAAUAAUUGAACAUACUUUUAUUACAAAAGAUUGAAAAGUACAGAAGUGAUAGACUAUAGACAAAUUUUUAAAGCAUGGAGAUUCUUUGUAUCCUGCUCUACUUUUAUUCCUCUCUGUACAUAUAUAUGUUACAUUUGGUUUAUACCUUUAUAUAUAUUUAAUGUGUACAGGUGUACACAUACUUUUCUUUUUAAUGUUUAUUUUGAGAGAGUAAGAGGAAAGGGGA